AUGCCAGGAGUCGAUCCAAAUUUCAUCUGUCACUCCCUCAACAUCAAGAAAGACGCUAAAUCGGUCAUCCAGAAGGCACGACGUUCUGCAGCCGAACACGCCGACGCCGUCGUUGAAGAAGUCAAGUGUCUGCUAGAGGCCAAUGCAAUCCAAGAAUUAGCCCUUGCGCUCGUCUCAGCGGCUAGGAAACUCCUGCCCUACUUCCAAUCACACUCUAUCAUCGUCUUAACAGAACACCCCCUCAAAGCUCUCUUUCGAAAGGUGGAUCUAUCUAACAGGGUCUCCAAGUGGGCAGUUGAGCUAGCAAACUUUGAUAUCCGUUUCGAACCACGAACGACGAUCAAAGGACAAGUCCUUGCGGACUUCAUUGCUGAGCUUACUCCACAAGACACUGAACUCCUCAACAAACCCAUCCCAACACAAACCGUUGUCGAGCAUCAAUUGUCUCCGAAACCUUGGCACCUUUUCCAAGGCGACAUAUGGCGUCUACAUGUUGACGGAGCGUCAAAUAGCAACGGAGCCGGGGCCGGGGUCGUCCUAGUCUCCCCCUGUGGAACACUACACGAAAGUGCUAUCAGCAUCGACUUCUCCGCCACCAACAACGAAGCUGAAUAUGAAGCGCUCCUAGCUGGCUUACGCUCUGCAGUUGCCCUGGAAAUCUCCAACCUUGUCGUUUUCUGUGACUCCCAACUCAUAGUUAACCAAGUACUUGGGGACUAUGAGGCUCGGGAUCUGUGGAUGUCAAAAUAUCAGGCAACCGUAGCCGAACUAAUCACCAACUUCCCCAAUUUCAAAAUUGAGCAGAACAACCACGAACGCAACGUGCAUGCCGACGCACUCGCUGGCCUUGCCUCAGCUUCUAAAGCCUCUGAAUUCCGAGCAAUAAGCUUCGGCAACAUUGACCACCCAAGUUUUGAUGCCACUCCAACGGUUCUCAAUGUUGAACUCGGCCCAAGUUGGAUGGACGAGAUCAUUGCGUUUCUCAAAAAUGACACUCUGCCGGCAGACAAGAAGGAAGCUUAUCGUAUCAGGAACAAAGCCGCUUACUACUGGCUCUCUGAAAGCGGCCAACUCUACAGGAAAUCUAUCUCCGGCCCAUAUCUCCUCGUGGUCCACCCAACCCAAGUUCAAGAGAUCCUCGCUGAACUUCAUUCAAGCAGUUGCGGCUGCAACUCUGGCGAGGCUGAGCCUCUUGUGAUAAUCACAGAAGCUGACGUUCGCAGAUUUGUCUGGCGAAACAUUGUUACCAGAUUUGGAGUUCCGUACGCCAUCGUAUCAGACAAUGGAAGCCAAUUUGUCGGUAAAGACCUGACCAGCCUCUGUGAAGAAUUUGGGAUACGCUUCUUCAACUCUACACCAGCAUACCCCCAAGGGAAUGGACAAGCCGAGGCUACAAACAAGACCGUCUGCAUCGGGAUCAAGCGACGACUGAACUCCAAGAGAGGAAAAUGGGCUGAGGAACUACCCCGUGACAUGAAUGAGAAAGUUCUAACUAACCCAUGGAAUGCACAGAACCUCAAGAAGGCAUACAUGUAG